CAGGUCCAAGCAAACCCUAACUCCAGCCCCUUCUCACGCAUCCCACAGCCCACCCCUUUGCCACUGCUCCUCGGCUUCGGCCCUCCAUGCGCCGCGCCGCCGCCCCACCCACCCUGCAUGCCCCUCCUCACCACCACGCGGAAUUGCACGCCGACCUCCAUGCUCAUCUAGAUGGUCUUGAGACGGACGUGCAUCCUAGACUUGCCGAUCUCGAUGCGGGAUUGCACACCAUCCUCUCCCACCGUGAGCAAGCGUGGCUGCACGAUGUGGGCAUCGGAUUGGACGGCCUUGACGCUAAUCAGAUUCUCCUCCAAUUGGGAUUGCAUGCGCAGCUGCACCUACGACACACCCUUACGCGCGGCUGCAAGUACGCCGCCGGCGCAGGAAAACGUACCAGUUGUGCCAUAUGGGAUGACGGAACGCCGGCCUGCACGCAAGCGUUGGACAGGCGCACCCAGAGUAGCGAGUGUUGCACGUUGGCCUCUGAAGAUUCGCGGUGCACUACAGGCAGCAUUGCAAAUUCCGCGUGCAUUGCAAAUUCAGAAUUAGGGGAAUUUCCUAUGAAGUAUCUUGGAGUUCCCUUGCACUAUAACAAACUUAGAAAGGAGGACUUGCAAUCUGUCAUUGAUAGUGAGAAAUUAGUUCUUAUUCAAUCCUGCUUUGGUGGCCGGUUAGCCGCCCCCGGGACCGAGAUGCCAUCACCACCAUCAUCGCUGAUCUUCACGCGAUGGCUCUCCGCUUGGCGCCGCCGCUUCCUCCUCCGCCACCAGAGCCGGAUUAGAUCCUCACAUUCUGUGCCGCCACUUGUUUUUCAUUUUUGGGCUUGUUGAGUUGUGCCCUCAGCAGAACCUGUUUGUACCUUGUGUUGUGCUACUUCGUGUGCGGGGUGUGGGUGCGUGUGUUUGCUGUGUGACCUUUGUUGGACCUUGUGGCUUCGGAGGUUUGCUUUAUAUAUAAAGCAGGGCAAAAGCCUUUUUCGGUA